AGGAGGCUUCAAAUGAUCCGCCGGCGGCGUUCGAGCAGCAUUCAGAAACAAGUCUUCACACAGAGGAAGAAGGACGGCAGCAGAGAUGGUUCAACUCACUUUACUCGUCUGCCUCAGUUUGCUUUUUGCGGCCUCGGCUCAGACUGUGGUGGACCCCAGAGGAGCUCGUCCGGUGGAACAGGGCACCAGAUCGGAUAAAUGUGCCGCUCAGAAGGAGUGGCCUUUCUGCACAGACGAUGAAUGGGGCUCUAAAUGCCCGUCGGGCUGCAGGAUCCAGGGUCUGAUGGACAAAUACGACCACGGCCUGCUGAAGAAAAUCGAGAAGAUCCGCAGCCUCCUGGAUCAGAACAAGGUCAAGCACCGCUCUGCCGACCAGGCGUCCAAGCAGACCUACGACUACGUGAAGGAUAAACUCAUCGUCGAUGCUGGUGGUGACAACAACUACUACGACUUAGCCCAGAGUCUUCGUCAGAGAAUCACAGACAUGAAGAUCAAGAUCGACAGACAGUUGAGGAUCCUGGCUGCCAUGAAGGAUCGGGUCAAAGACCAGGUCGUGGAGAUGCAGAGGCUGGAGGUGGAUAUCGAUAUUAAGCUUCGUUCCUGCAAAGGAUCCUGCAAAGGCCUCGCCGAGUACCAGCUGGACCAGGACAGCUACGUGACACUGGACAAACAGAUUCACCAGCUGGACUCCCAGUCAGCCCAGAACAUUGAGUCUGUGGGUACGCUGUACGUGAUGAAGAGCAGGCCGCUGCGGGACGCCAUUGUGGACAGCAUCUACAAAUCCAAGGACGUCGACAGCAGAGUGGCAGCACAGCAGACAGAAGACAUGUUCCCCGGGGUGAACACAGUCCAGUUGGUCCUAGAGGAGGAAGGCUCCAGCAGUUCCCCAGCAACCAUCUCCAAGGUCCCAGGUACUUCCUACUCUGCAUCUACAUCCUCAUCAUCCUCCUCAGUUUCUUCCCCCGGUACCUCCUCCUCUACGUCAUCUAAAUCCAUCACUGAGCUCGGAGGACAUGGCGGCAGCGAUUUGUUUGGUCUGGGCGGAGGGUUUGAAGCCUUUGGCCAGCCUAGCACAAGCCACGUGUCCACCAAGAGCGUCAGCUGCACCAAGAGCCUCAGGAGGACCGUCGUCCACACGAAGGACGGGCCGGUGGAAAGGAUGGAGGAGGUGAUGGAGGGAGGCCCCGAGUGCCAGGCCAUGACAGACCACACCAAGGGAGGGAUGAGCUCUUUCUUUCCUACCCUCACCCAUGCAUCGACUUCCUCCUCCUCUUCUUCCUCUAUGAGGACCAUCCACAGCGAUGGCACCAAGGGUAGCCUCUUAGGAGAUACCAAAACUGGACUUGGGAAUCCAUUUGGCGCUGAACACGGGCUCGACUUUGGCAUGUUCAUGACAGACAAUGGAGAGGAUGACCUUCCUGACAUCCACGCCAGGAGUGUGAAGAGCACGCGUGUCGAGCGGCAGGCCGAUUAUAUAGGAAAAGGUACCAAAACAUCAGACCUGGAGUAAAAUC